CGCAGAGGGGCGCGAGCGCGAGGGUCCGGGAGCCAAUAGCGGGCGGCGGCGAGGCUCCGUCUCCCGUGAGCCCCCGGGGCCCCGCCGGGCAGCGUUCCUUGCGUCGCGGCGGCCAAUAGGAGCGGAGGACGCUGUGGUACAUUGGCAAGGUGAGCGAGGGCGGGAGGGGCUUGGCUGGGUCCAGUCAGGAGAGCCGCGACUUUGAGGUUCGGUGCGGCCCUUCUUCGUCCCCGAAGGUGAGUCUGUGCAGGGGAAGCGGGGAGGGCGCCCGCCUGGUCCCGGGGCCUCCCGUGAGGGUGAGGCGGCUGCACGGGGAGCGGGGAGGCCCCGGUGCUCGGGUCUGUUCCCACGAGCACGCCGUUCGCGGCUGCCUUCAUCCCGAAGGCCCGUUUGAAUUGGGAAUUGGGAACAGCAGUUAAAAGGCGUCCCGUCGGGAUCCUUUGUCGCGAGUGAAUCACUCGCGGCUUCUUAGGGGCGCCUUUUGACGGCUGACCGACGUAGGUUGCUGCAGUCGCGGAAUCGUAGAAUUGGAAAAGGGACCGCGAGGGCCAUCUAGUCCGGCCCCUUGCAAUAAUGCAGGAAUCGUUCGCGCAGCGUGGGGCUCGAAGCCACGACCCCGAGGAUGGAAGAGUCUCGCUUGCCCCCUCAGCUCAUUGGCCCGCUUGCUAACGGACAUGCUAGACUAGAUGGUGGACCAAGUCCUUCUUGUGGGCUAGAAACUCCAGGGCGAGAUGGCUUCUAGUGCAACCGGCCUGUUAGUUACCGGUUUUGUCUGCCUGUGAAUGUUUCUCUGCAAGGGCAGGGCGAAGGCAUAGAUGAAAGACUAGGGGAAUCCUGUGGAGCUAAACGGGGUGUGUUUGCAGACGGCAGGUGUUCAAAGGGCAACUAACAUGAAGAGAACCGGCCAAUGGCUUCUUCAGUGCUGGAUGUUAACGAAGGUGUAGAUGGUGGAGGCGGUCAUUGGGAUGCCACCUACAAAAUGGGAAAGGAUUUGGGAAGCUGGUAGAUUCGGGAUGGGGCAAAAGGCUUUGUAGCCCACAACGAUCUGUUUCCAGAUGGGGUUGUUUUCAGGGGGACAGCUGCAGCUUUGAAAUAUUGGCUAACUUUCUGCAAGUCCUGUUACCUAAUUGUGCUUUUUUGUGGCUCCUAGCUAACAGGGGUAUGCACAGUUUCUCUUAAACACCCUUCUUUCAAUCAAUUACAAAGUCAAAUGCCAUUUUUGAGUGCCUAAUUGCUGUAAGAAGCAAUGUUGUAUUGAACAAACAUAGCUUAGAUUGUCAUCUGUCUUUCCCCUGACAGGUUUCAUGUCUGUCACCUUAUCUGUGGUGUCUGUCCAUAGUUGGAGGUCACUGAUGCACAGUUGCAAGCUAUCUGGUUCUUCCUUGCUCUUUGUGAAUAACUGGACUCUCCAUUAAUAGUGUUCCUUCAAGGCCAUUCUGCCCUCCUUCUUUAAUUCUGGACUUCGUUUGCAAAAUCUUAAUAAAAAGCUAUACCUGAAACAGAUAAGGAAAUGUACUCCAUUUUGUCCACACACUGGGCUUUCCUUCUUAGUUGUGAGAGAAUUCAGUGGGUGUUUGUGUAAAAUGUGACUUUCCCCCUUUAUUCAGGAUCAUCAGAAUGCAGACUCCAGUAGCUCUCCUGGCUUCGCCAGCUCUGGUAAGGAAUUUUUGGCUUGCAAUUGCCUUAGUGUAUCUUGGAUUACUUUAGUAUGUUACACUCCUCAUAUUAAUUGUUACAACGAGUAAAAUCUCUAAUAUUUCUCUUUAAAGAGGAAAAACUAAGAGUGAGCUGUUUGAUAUGUCAUUUGAACUCAGUCAACAAUAGUUUCUGAAGGGUAUGUUAAACCAGACUUACAAAUAAGUUAAUAAAAGUUACAAGCCAAUAAAUCCUUAGUCUUCCUGCCCAUGCAUUCCUAUAAUAGUCCUCGGUGAGUGACCAACUCUGUUCCACUUUAGAAAACAAAACAAAACAUCUCUAUUUUGGAAAUAAUUCAGACUCUGUAAGGGGAAGCAGCAAAUGGUUUUUUACCUAUUAGAAUGAAUUUAUGGCAGGUAUGGAGGAACUUGUGACCCUCCAGAUAUUUUUGGACAACAGCUCCCAUCAUCCCUGACCAUUGGCCAUGCUGACUAGGGCUGAUGUGAGUUGAUCAGAAAGACCUGUUCAGUUCAUUUGAUAUCAAUUCAUGUGGACCCCCAAAGCAGCUAAUGAUUGUUUUUUUAAAAUGGACAAAAAUAUUUGAGCGCACAAGUCCUGAUACAAAUAGUAUUAGGAAGACUACUGCCCAUGUCUAGAGUCUCUAGGUAGGUUUAAUAGGCAGCAAUGAAUACUUUCCCUCUUGCACAUAUAUGUCCUUUCCAGUAUGAGAGAAGCUGUGUAUUCAAGCAAGAUCUAGAAUCUCCUGCCACAGAGAAUUUACAUUACAUGAUGAAUAGGCAUACCUGUCUUGAAAGAGAACUGCCUUCUGAUCAGCACAAAAUUGCCUCAUCACCAGUUGGGGGGAAGGCCUUAGCUCACUGAUGUAGGAUAAAUCUUGCAAGUAUCUAAUAUCAAGUUAAAUCCUUAAAAUCUACCAUUUGAAGGAUCAAGUGGGAUAGCUAGGAAAUAUAUUUGGCUAUGAUGCUGAAGAGCCACUGUCAGAACAGAUUGCAUUGGUCUCUGAAUAGAGCAGUUCUUUAUAUCCUGAUAUGAAUUUAAUGUUUUUCUUUCCAGUUCCGCUGCUGUUCUCGAGCUCUAACCCGGCCAGCUUCCCUGUCUAUAUUGAGCAGGCCAGAGACUCAGACUCUGCAGGUAGGAAUAAACUGCAUGACUCCUCAUUGCUAUCUUCAGGUUUUGUUUGCACCUUGAUUUUCUUUACAAAAAGGAGCAAAAAAAUGGUUAACAGCAUCAUGCAGUGAUACCAAACUACAGCCAAACAAUAAAACUCUAUGCUAAAUAGAAACUGUUUUCUAUUAAUUAUAACUCUAUACAUUAUUUUCUCAUGAUGUGGGAACAAUAUUAACUUCUUUGCUUUCAAACUCGGAAGGUUAGCACUAGCUGCCUCUUACAUUACACUGACAGCUUAGCUUCCAUCAGAGUAUCUAGAAGAGGAACCGAUGCUGCCAUGCGUAAUUAAACCAAUUUCACCCCUCUGAAAAAGUGUAGUAGUGCUGGUGUAAGACGUCUCUUUCCUUGUGACCUAGAAAAGGUGUGGGGAAACUGUGGCUCUCCAAAAGUUGCUAAACUUCAACUCCCAUCAUCUUUUGCCAUUGGCCUUGAUGCAAGUUGGAGUUCAGCAACAACUGGAACAUCUAAGGUUCCCUGCACUUGGCCUAGUGUGAGCAAUACUGGAAUAAAUCCUGCAGAAGCUCUGCAGGAUAAUAUAAUAUAAUAUAAGAAGGGACAUUUUUUUCUGGCAGAAGCUACUGUCUUGUUGAUUCUUUUAGAGUCCGUUAAUAUUUUAAACAUUCAAAAGGAAGCAGUACUUCAAAACCAUUGUGUCCUUCAUUAAAAAAAAAGCAUGCUGUUACACAGGGUUGAAAAACUUAACUUAUGUUUCAACUGGUCACCCUCCUUGCUCAUUUUAAAACACCUUUUGGAUAGGAAAUGGCAUAAAUUUAACCCUUCAUGAACCUUUCGUUGCAAUUCUAAUGUUUACAUUGGGUAGUUUCCCCCAGAAUUCCCUUUUACUCCUGCUGGAUUGGGGAAUGUUAAGAAUUGGUAUUCUUUGUGUGCGUGAUAGGCAUAUCUCUGUUUGUACAUCAAACAGAUUUUCAGAAUCUGCAUAGCUGUGGUUCAGUGGUUGCUACAAGGGAGGUCAUUUCACACACACCCUUAAGGUUUCAGUAGGGUGACUGAACAACAGUUAUGUCUGCUAGAGACCUGCAUUUCUGUUCCAGCCCAUGACCUGGCAGAGACACCUAAGUGGCAUUAUUUGCUGUUCUCUCUCCCCACUCCCCCACUGCCAGUGCUUAGAAAACUAGUAGUCUGGGUCCAAGGCCAUUGCCUCUUCCCUUCUUUCUUCUCUACCCCGUCUUGGGUAUGUCCUUCCCCUGCCCUGGAGGUGGGCAGAAGGCAGCCUGGGAUCUGUUUGGCAAGGAUUCCAGACUCUCUUAACAAUAUCAGCAACUGUAAAAAGCCCCACCCACAUUAGCUUACUGGGAAAAGAUUUAUUUUCUGAAAGAAAUUGCAAGCUUGAUUCUCUUGCGGAUCACAAAUCCAUAGGUUGAGCCAGCCCUGUUAUUCAUUCUUACUGAUCCAUCCAGCUGAGCUGCUAUUUUCCACCUGCCCCCAGUGGAGGCCCUGGUUGGCUUCAAGGUUCUAAUAAAGAAACAAAGUAGGUCCUGCCAGCCUGAUGUCUACCCACCCAUUGUUUGGGAACAUCUGGAUUAAACGCUGUUAGGAAGAGAAAAUGAUUUGGAGACUUAAAGUGACUGAUAUAAAUCAUGCUAAUUACUUGCUUCCUCCACAGCCUUUUGGAGUUUUGAAUCGUCAGCUAGCUCAUCGGGAAUUCCAAACCAGUGCUGUCUCCCGUGAUAUUGAUACUGCUGCUAAAUUCAUCGGUGCUGGUGCUGCUACUGUGGGAGUAGCUGGUUCAGGAGCUGGCAUUGGGACAGUGUUUGGCAGUUUAAUCAUUGGUUAUGCCAGGUAAGUUAGCUGGGGAGAGCAUUUCUGCUUUGUUUUAGCAGGCAGUUUAGAUAUUUUUGUGAAGACUUUUACCACAAAUUCAUUCCUCUUGGGAGAAGCAGUUUUUUAAAGCAGCUGACAGUGAUUGGAAACUCCAGCUAGGAAAAGCUGCAAUAGAAGAGAAUUGGUGGAAUCUGCAUGGAAUUUUCUUGUCAAGUGUCUUGUUGAUGAGAAAAAUACCUUUUUCAAACUAAUAGUGUCAAAGGUGUCACUGUUAAAAAGAUCAUAACCAAAGUUACCUUCAAUGUAUGAAUCAGCUUGUAUUGUACACACAGUGCUCAUACCAGCUGGGUUAUUGUCUUUCCAUUCUCAAUGUAAUAUUUUUUGUGUUAAAGAAGCAAUUAUUGUCUAUGUAUGGAUUAGGGCGCGGGUGGCCUGUGGGUUAAACCAUAGAGCCUAGGACUUGCUGAUCAGAAGGUCAGCGGUUCGAAUCCCCGCGACGGGGUGAGCUCCCGUUGCUCGGUCCCUGCUCCUGCCCACCUAGCAGUUUGAAAGCACGUCAAAGUUCAAGUAGAUAAAUACGUACUGCUCCAGCCGGAAGGUAAACGGCAUUUCCGUACGCUGCUCUGGUUCACCAGAAGCGGCUUAGUCAUGCUGGCCACAUGACUGGAAGCUGUAUGCCGGCUCCCUCGGCCAAUAAAGCGAGAUGAGCGCCUCAACCCCAGAGUCGGUCACGACUUGACCAAAUGGUCAGGGGUACCUUUACCUUUUUAUGGAUUGAAGAAUAUUUUCUCUCUCUAAAUGUUCCUGCUUGGUAAAGUGUGUCCAUGGUUCGAAAGUAUGUGAGCACAUAAAUGUCUGUAUUCAGACAAAGUAUCUUCACAGAUUUUGGAACAUAGUAUGAUUUAUUAGACUGUACCCAUGUAUUUCAAAAUUUAAAUUAAGGGAUGCUUCCCCCCAGUCGUCUGUCUUGCCUCUCCUUCAACUCUCUAAGAACUACAAAUUACUAAUUACAAGGCUUGAAAUAUGUGGUUCUUUGUAAAGCAGAUUUCCAUGGUUGUAUACCUUUAAUCCGAAAACAGUCAAAACACCUUUUAAGUGAGAUGUGGUGGAUAUAUCUGUGACUGGUAGUUAACAAAGCUUUCCCCAUGUUCACUCUGAGGUUCUACAAAUACAUUUUCAAGUGUGGGCUUGGGAAGCCUAUUGCAGCUUUUUAUUUUGGAAAAGCCAAUGGGAUUUUACCUUACAGAUUUCUUCUGUUCUACCUACAGGAACCCAUCCCUCAAGCAGCAGCUGUUUUCUUACGCUAUCCUGGGUUUUGCCCUCUCAGAGGCCAUGGGGCUCUUCUGUUUGAUGGUGGCAUUCCUCAUUUUGUUUGCCAUGUGAAAGCCUUGGAGCUACGCUGCAGCUGCUGUCUGUCUGUGUCCUCUCCAGUUUGAGCCUGCCUCCCUUGCCAGGGUGUUAACAGAUUUAAACAAACUUUCUCUAAAUAAAUAAGAUUCAAGUUUUUUGUUUUGUGCUUUUC